UCUGCCGCAGCCGCAUCGCCACCGCAGCCCCGGCCCAGCCGAGCCCGGCCCAGGCCCCGGCCCCCGGGGGGGAACCCAGGCGUCCUCGGCUCCCUGCGUCCUCGAUCCCCGGGGGGACCCCAGCCCCCUCCCCCCCCCAACCCAUCCCACGCAGGAGGCAGAGAGCCGGAGGAGGAGAAGAACAGGAGGAGGAGGAGGAGGAGGAGGAGAAAAGGAGGAGGAGGAGGAGAAGGAGGAGGAGAGGAGCAGAAGCCACCGCAAGAUGAAGGACCGGACCCAGGAGCUGAGGAGUGCAAAAGACAGCGAUGAUGAAGAGGAGGUGGUCCAUGUGGAUCGAGACCACUUCAUGGAUGAGUUCUUUGAGCAGGUGGAGGAGAUCCGUGGGUGCAUAGAGAAGUUGUCAGAGGAUGUGGAGCAGGUGAAGAAGCAGCACAGUGCUAUCCUGGCCGCCCCCAACCCCGAUGAGAAGACCAAACAAGAACUCGAGGAUCUAACCGCUGACAUCAAGAAAACGGCAAACAAGGUCAGGUCCAAAUUGAAAGCGAUUGAGCAGAGUAUUGAACAGGAGGAGGGACUGAACCGCUCUUCCGCUGACCUGCGCAUCCGCAAAACCCAGCACUCCACCCUGUCCCGGAAGUUUGUGGAAGUGAUGACUGAAUACAACGCGACUCAAUCCAAAUAUCGAGACCGAUGCAAGGACCGGAUCCAGCGACAGCUGGAGAUCACUGGAAGGACAACAACCAACGAGGAGCUGGAGGACAUGCUAGAGAGUGGGAAGCUGGCCAUCUUCACAGACGAUAUCAAGAUGGAUUCUCAGAUGACCAAGCAGGCAUUGAAUGAAAUUGAGACCCGGCACAAUGAGAUCAUCAAACUGGAGACCAGUAUCAGGGAGCUACAUGACAUGUUUGUGGAUAUGGCAAUGCUGGUGGAGAGCCAGGGGGAGAUGAUCGACCGCAUUGAGUACAAUGUGGAGCACUCUGUGGAUUACGUGGAGCGGGCUGUGUCCGACACCAAGAAAGCCGUGAAAUACCAGAGCAAAGCCCGGAGGAAGAAAAUCAUGAUCAUCAUCUGUUGCGUGGUGCUGGGGGUGGUGCUUGCGUCGUCCAUCGGGGGGACGCUGGGCUUGUAGGGCUCCCUCCCGUCCCUGCCCCCCACCUUCUUCCCCCUCCACCUCUCCGAGACCCCCCCUUACCCCCCCCCCCCCCGGGAGCAAUACCCCGAAACCUGUGCUCGGCACCCCCACUCCCCCUCCACGGUCCCCGCUCCAGCUUCCCCCGGCCCGGGCUUCCGGGUCGGAGUCGAGAGGCCUCGUCUCCCCUCCCCGACUCUGCUCCGAUCUGGUCUCCUAAUACCUCCCGUGUCCCCCCCAACUGAACCCCGACCCCUCAUCUUCCCUCCUCCGCCUUCCCGUCAGACCCAGGAGCCCCUUCCUUCCUCCGGUCUCUUCCUGUGGGAUCCAACCUCUCCUCCGAUCCUUGUGGAUCCAGCCCAGGAGACCCCGUCUCCCUCUGACAUCGCACCCCUGCAGCCUAGUCUUCCCCCGGCCCCGGGGUGGGAUAUUGAAUUUAGGGGUCUCCAUGGUGGUCCCACCCCACCCCUCCUCUCCUCUCCCUGGCCCUCCCUUCUCAGGAUGGUUCCUUCUGCCUCUAGAGCCCCGCAGGCGUGACCGUGCACCUCCAUUCCUCCCCCGUCCUUCCCCACGCAUACAUACGAACAUCCGUACGUACAUAUGUUCAUACAUACCUACCACAGACACAUAUGCACAUGAUGGGUAGAGAGCACAGAUGGGGCCCAGAGACAUCCCCAGAGUGCUCUCCCCACAGUGUGAACACAACGUGCAUGCGGGUAUGUAGGUGUUUGAUUCUUCCCACAAGUCUGUCCUGUGUGGUAUGUGGCCAUAGCUGUGUUCCCCAGAUGUGGUAUGUACCCCGCGUCUGAGCGUGUGAGAGAGAGUGUGUAUGUGUGUGUGUAAAUAUCUAUCGUCCAUCCACUGCUUCUCCAUAAUGUCUUUGUAUUUAAUAGAAUCGAGGAAGGUCGUGUGAAUAGGUGCAGUUCCGUAUACCCACUCGCACACUCUCGUAUCGGUGGGGGAAUGGACAUGCGCAACUUGCAUAUCCACACCCACCCACCGGUAUGUAUUUACAUAAGCUGUAGAUAUCAUGGCUUGGUGUGUAUACACACCUUUCUCCGCGAUGUAUAUUUCACAGAUGGGUGUAUGAGUAGCUGCGUAUUUACUCAUACGGAUGUAAAUAAUUUGACCCGGCAUGUACAUAUAAAUAGUACUCACUCAUUUCUCCCCACAGAGUAUAGAUAAUAUGGCCUGAGAGGUAUGUACGUGUGUGUACACACACACGCACACACACACACACUUUCUUGCUGUUUAUCGAUGUAUUGUGUAGAUAACGCAUUUGUGUCCAUUAUGUUUUCAGUAUUUAUCCUUAGUAUGUGGACAGGCCGCAAAUAUUUCUCUAUCGAAAGUACCUAUGCGUGUGUGUGUGUGUGUGUGUGUGUGUGUGUAAAUUCCCACACCAAAUUUUCUCUAGCAUGCAUCUGGAGCGUUGCUCUAUUUUUCUCCACACACUGUGUAUAUAACAUCUGUUUGUGUGGGUACAUAUAUAUUUGUAUAAUAUAUGACAGAAAUACAUUUAUAAUAUAUAUUUGCGUGUCAGUAUAUGUGUUAUAUCUACAUGGUGUGUAUAUAAUCUGUUGUGUAUUACAUACACACUGUAUUCUUGACCACAAGUUGUGUCGCUCAUUAAGGUUUAUGUGCGUAUAGAUAUCGAUUGAUUGUGGAUCGUUCUCUGGAGCCUGUACACACAUGUGCAUGUGGGUGUGCUCACAUAUACACACGGACACGCAAAUAUUUUUAAAACCCUGUGUGGUUGUGCCAGGGUCGAAACCCACACCCGGAUCUUUGUCUACACAGUGAAUGUAUUCCUUUUGUGUGCACUGGAACAGAGACCCAGACCCAAGAAUGCUGGCACGGUGGGGGUCUGUGGAGCUAGCCCCCCCCACCCCCCACCCCCCACACACCAUAAACUCGGAUAUUUCUCUACCCGGGUCGGGGGACGGUGGACGGAGCCACCUCGGCCCCUCCUUCCAGGCAGAGGAGAGUUAGCAGGGGAACAGGUGCCAUGAUCUAGAGGAGCCUGGUGAAUGUCCCCUCCCACCCCCUGCUCCUGGCCUCCUGAGGGCAGAGAGAGCCCUGACCAUCUGCCUCCCAUCCACCCCACUGGGAGAGUGUGUGCGCGCGUGUGCACGCAUGCGUGGGUACGUGUAGGCAUCCCCACCCCCGCCCCCUUCGGCCUCGGUCUCAGCCUCAGGAUCCAGAGGGAGCAUCUCACAGAGGGAAUUGAGAAACAGAGGGCCGAGAUUCUCCACAACCUCCAGCUCUGCUGCCCCAUUUCUUGUGCCCUUUGCCAUCCGAUCCCCUUUUCGGCCCCUGAUUUCUCUCUUAGCCGGUGGGUAGAUGCUCAUUUGCACAGCUGAACUAAAUAGCCCGGACAUGGCAUAGGGGCCCCCACAGAUAUUUAUCUUCAUGGCGCACGUAUUUAUUUAUUUAUUUAUUUGCUGAUCUGGUUAUUUAUUUGGUAUUUGUUCAUUCACGCAUUCGUUUGGUUGUUCAUACGGUCCGUCAAUCGUAUUUAUAAAGCGCUUUACUGUGUGCAGAGCACUGUACUAUUCCUUUCUGCCCGUACGCCCGCCCUCCUUCUCGAGGCCUCUAAGGCCUCUGGUCUGCUGUUAUAUUUUUCUGUAGAGUGACCAUCAUCGUCUUCAUCCCCUCCUUCCUACAGCUGUCCGAUAGGGAUGCCCAGAUGAACAGGCUUAGCUCCGCCCACACGAUCAGUCGAUCGAUCGAUCUCUCGAUCACUGGUAUUUAUCGGGCGCUUUCCGUGUGCGGAGCCCCGUACGAGGUGCUCUGGGAGAGUGAGGUGCGAUAGGAUUGGUAGAUACAAUCCCUGACCUUGAGGAGCUUACAGUCCGACGGAGGAGUUUACGGUCUCCUUCCCGCCUUCUUGCUCCGGGGUCGGGGCCGGGGAGUUGGAUUGACAUGGUGGGGGUCGAGACAGGAAUAAAAGUUGAAGGGUGAACACCA